UUCCUUGCCAGGACCUAAGGGUCACGUCCCAUCAGCCCUUGCGCACCCCCGCCCCUCUCUCUUCCUCGGCGCUGCCUACGGAGGUGGCUGCUGUCUGUUACUUGGCAUCAUGGCUGCCCUCAGGCCCCUUGUGAAGCCCAAGAUCAUUAAAAAGAGGACCAAGAAGUUCAUCCGGCACCAGUCAGACCGAUAUGUCAAAAUUAAGCGUAACUGGCGGAAGCCCAGAGGCAUCGACAACAGAGUAAGGAGAAGAUUCAAGGGCCAGAUCUUGAUGCCCAACAUCGGCUAUGGGAGCAACAAGAAGACAAAGCACAUGCUGCCCAGCGGCUUCCGGAAGCUCCUGGUUCACAACGUUAAGGAGCUGGAGGUGCUGCUGAUGUGCAAUAGAUCUUACUGUGCUGAGAUUGCUCACAAUGUUUCCUCCAAGAACCGCAAAGCCAUUGUGGAAAGAGCAGCCCAACUGGCCAUCAAAGUCACCAAUCCCAAUGCCAGGCUGCGCAGCGAAGAAAACGAAUAGCUCAUGUGCACGUUUUAUUUGUUUAAAUAAAACCGUAAAAACUGCCA